AAACUUUAAACACUAGCAACACUUGCAGGCCUUGAGCCUUUCGACAAUGGCGGUUUUGGAAAUGAACAAGAAACUAUCUACGUUUUUGGAGUCGGGCGUUUACCGAUUUGAAGACUGUAAUGCCGUAUUCAUCGACUCGGUUCAUGUUCUCAACCGCUCCUACUCCCGAUUUAGGGUUUCCCCUUCCGAGUAUUACUCACGCUUCUUCGAAUCCAACGAUGUGACGCAAGAUGCUUCGAGUUCAAGAAAGAGAAAGCGGAAGAAGAAGACGAAACCUCACACUCUCAACGAAAGAGAACGAGUCGCUGAUCAGCGUCACCAGGAAGCAAAACCUCUGUUAUUAAAGGCAAGUGAGUCUUUGCUGAGAGCAACUGAUCUUUUGGAGGUCAUGAACAAUUUGAGAGAUGGUUCAGGUUCUUCAUAUUUGAAAAACAGAGGCUUAUCAUCAUCAUCAACUUCAGCUCGAGAGUCAUUCAUUGAACUCGGACGGGUCUGGCAAGCUCCUCUAUAUGAAAUUACUCUCAAACUUCAUCCUAAUGAAACUAGGGGUUACUCUACCCCUCAAUUCUGUGAACGAGUUAUCCCUGUAUUUAAUAACUUAAUUUCCAAUGAGACCAGUGAUGAUGUGGAAGCUGAGUUUAUGGAUACUCAAUAUAUUUUACCUCCAGACGGUUGUUUCUACAUGUCUGAUCUGAGGCAGAUUCACAACCUUAUUCCUGCUGAGAAGGACUGUGGCUUCAAUCUUAUUGUGAUUGAUCCACCAUGGGAAAAUGGAAGUGCUUAUCAGAAAUCGAGGUACCCAACUUUGCCGAACAAGUAUUUUCUUUCCCUUCCUAUCAAGCAACUCAGUCACACCAAAGGAGCUCUUGUAGCGUUAUGGGUGACCAAUAGGGAGAAACUACGUUGCUUUGUUGAGAAAGAAUUGUUUCCAGCGUGGGGGGUCAAAUAUAUAUCUACCUUUUACUGGUUGAAAGUUAAAGCAGAUGGUUCAUUGAUAAGUGAUUUAGACCUUUUUCAUCAUAGGCCAUAUGAGUGUAUUCUUCUGGGACGAUGCCAUGGGGAGCCCCUGGAUUCCAGUUCCACGGAAAUAGAAACCAUACAAGAUAAUCAAAUUAUCAUUAGCAUCCCGGGUGAUUACUCAAGGAAGCCCCCAGUUGGAGGUCUGCUACAGGAGUAUGUUGCUGGGGAUAGCCCGGCUCGCUGUCUGGAACUAUUUGCCAGAGAAAUGGUAUCUGGAUGGGUUUCUUGGGGAAAUGAACCCCUUCAUUUCCAAGAAUCAGGAUACUUCCAUAGGAAAAAAGAAGGGUAGUGCAUCCAGACGAAAGGCACUUUCUUUUGGUUUCUCUUACAUUAUGGCGUUCCUCUAAUGAGUGCACCUGUCAUGGGAGUUUCGGAACACCAUUGUAUUGUUUCUCAAAAUGAAACGGCUACGCAAUGAGUGCACCUGACUAGAAACGGCUAAAUCAGACUUCUAUGUAGUCUCUAAAUUAUGUUCUCUGGGUGAAUUUAUUAUAAUCCAUGCCUUAUUAUCAACCAUCGCAAUUCAUGUAGUAGUGUAAGGUCUUAAUUGGGUAGUGGAAAAAUAUUGCACGGAAAAAGGAGAAUAUUUUUCCAAUUUUACAUAAAUUCUCUUAAAAAAAAUUCAUUUUUUUACCUU